AUGUCACCAGUGAUUCGCAGUACUAUGGAGAACAAAUUGAAAGUUAAUCUACAGGAAUCUAUUUUAGAAUCAUGGUUUAAUUAAUUUUUAGGACAGGUAUUUGAUUUCGGCAUGGAAAGUUAAAAAAAUUAUGCAAAAUGCCCAAAACUAUAGAACUCACAGUUGAAAUUGUUGUGCAGAGAGUAUCCUGUCCAGGCGUGUGGCUGUGUCAAGAUGGCAGUGUCUCGCUCAUCGUGUCUGCUCUGGGCACAAGCUAUGAAACCUGUACACUACCUCCCACCUUCCCCCUCGAGUUCAAUGACAGACUGUACUUCCGGAAGAGGUUCCAAGAAACCUGUGCAUUGAGUAACAUGUGUUGUUUAUUGAAAGACGAAACCUUAUACUGCGAGCUAGUGCAAUGGUGCCAGAGCUGUGAAUCUGGUGAAUGCAAUAUCCUUGCCCAGUACCUCGGCUCCCUAAGUGAUGUUCUGUUCCCGCCAAAGAUGUGUUGCAGUGAUGGGGUGGACUUGCUUAUGAGAAGGUCUAAGAAGUAUCCUGGAAUUCUCUCGCCAAAGAUCGAGAUAGCUACAAAGGUCCGCAUAGAUGAAGUUUGGAACGAGAAAUCCGAGCCAUUUAAUGUGAACAUUCAGAACAUCAAAAAUAUCACCAAUUGCAACUGUAUUCCUCGGUCAGGGCCAAGGCAGAAAACCGUCUGCCAUACUCCAGAGUAUCACAGAAACAAAUGUCCUACUGGCAUACCGGGCACGAAGUCCCGGUCGAGGUCCAGAUCGCGGUCCGGGGGCUCCGGUAGCAGUGUCAGUCGCGGGCAAGACAAAUUUCGAUGUGCAUACUCCGAUUCUGCAUGCAAGAGAGCGACAUCCGCGCAGAGUCCGCGGCAGCGAGACUAUUGCGUGUUCAACGUGAACGUAGCCCCGGACGACUGUUGGAACAGUGCCGCCGGCAACUAUGAUGAUGAUGAUGUUGACCGGAGUAGACAGCCGCGUGCGGCUACUAGCGAGGACAAGAAAGUAUUACUCGAGAGCCGAUACGUAGAUGACGAUGAGGUACACACUCACGAGUACGAAGACAUACCAACUAUAAGCCAUGCAAACGUAUACGACAAAAGCAAACCAUGCGUCUGCGAAAUCUGUAAACGAUAUCACGAAUUAUUUCAUACGGACUCGGAUGCACACGUUUCGUGAGAACCAAAAAUAACUUGUAUGAACAUUAUCAUAAGAUACAAAAUGUCUUUGCCCCUUCGUAAGUACCUGUUGCAAUAUUUAAUAUUGUUCGUAACACUGCCUUAUUUAUUUAGGAUUGAAAUUUUAUUGUUAUAUUGUUUUUUUUACGAAUUUAAUGUAAUUAAUCAUGAAAUAAAACGAAACACACAUUUAUUAAAUUUAUUUUUAUUAUGCCGAAGGUAAGGUAACUUAACAAUUAUUAUAUAAUUAUCUAAUUGA